AUGUCCGUUGCAGCUUUGUCCAAGUCGCUGCCGAAGCCAAAAUACUCGGGCGAAGAGGAGGAGCUCACCAACAGCACGCGCGUGCUAACCGCAGAGCAAUAUGAAGCGCAAGUAGUCGCGAAGAAGGGCCCGCCGCCCUAUGGCCAGAGGCAGCACUGGAGGCCCCGCGCGCCUGAAGACUUUGGCGAUGGAGGCGCAUUUCCGGAAGUACUCGUCGCGCAGUACCCGCUCGACAUGGGAAAGAAGGGCCAACCAUCCACAUCCAACGCGCUCGUGAGGAGAGUCGACGGCGAGGGCAAGACCAAGUACGACGAGAUUGCGCGACGCGGACACGGCGAUUCGAGGAUUGUGCAGGCCAGCUUCAAGGACCUCAUUCCUCUGCGCCAACAGGCAGACGCUGGCGAGCUGGACUUGUCGCGUCCUUCUGCGGAGGUUGUCCAAGCAACUAAGGAGAAGACUGAGCAGGCCCUCAUGGCACUGGUUCAAGGGCAGACUGCCGCGCAACGGCCCAAGAACGUACAGGGCAGAAAGAACGAUGAGCCGACUUUCGUCAGAUAUACACCCACGGCUCAGCAUGGCCAGGCCCAGGGCCAGACGCGCAUCAUCAAGAUCCAGCAAAGACAGAUCGAUCCCAUGGAGCCGCCCAAGUUCAAGCACAAGCGCAUUCCUCGCGGACCACCUUCGCCUCCCCCACCCGUUCUGCACUCGCCGCCGCGAAAGCUGACCGCCGAAGACCAAGAACUUUGGAAGAUUCCACCCCCAAUCAGUAACUGGAAGAACCCCAAGGGAUACACAGUGCCACUAGACAAACGUCUAGCAGCCGAUGGUCGGGGGUUGCAGGAUAUCACGAUCAACGACAAGUUUGCUCAAUUUGGCGAAGCGUUGCAGGCAGCCGACAGACAUGCACGAGAGGAGGUUAAGCAGCGUGCGAUCAUGCAGCAAAGAUUAGCGGAGAAGGAGAAGCUACAAAAGGAGGAGCACCUGCGAAACCUGGCGAAGGAGGCACGAGAACAGCGCGCCAACACCUCCCGAAGACGAUCACAGAGCGAAUCGGACACUGAUUCGGAAGAAGAGGCAGUGCGGAAGCGAAUGGACGCUCGCAAGGAAAGGCGCGAGGACUUCCAGCGCGAACUCCGUCAGUCGCGGAUGGGUACCGAGCGCAAGAUCCAGAUGCUGGCUCGGGAGCAGAAUCGUGAUAUUUCUGAAAAGGUCGCACUCGGUCUGGCAAAGCCGACACAGAGCGGGGAGUCCAUGUACGACUCGCGGCUGUUCAACCAGUCCAGCGGAUUCAACGCUGGUUUCAACGAGGACAACCACUACGACAAGCCUCUCUUCGCAGCUCAGGAUGCUAUCAGCAGCAUCUACCGUCCGAGUGUACAGCAGGAUGACGGAGAGGACGAGGGGCAGACAUACGACCGGAUCACCAAGUCGAGCAAGUUCGAAGUUCUUGGAAAGGCCAAGGAGGGCUUCAAGGGUGCGGAUCUGCAAGAAGCCCGGGACGGACCAGUUCAGUUUGAGAAGGACACUGAUGAUCCGUUCAACAUUAACCAGAUGAUUGACGAGGUUCGUGGUGAGAAAGGCGAGAAGACGGGGGAGAAGCGUUACGGCAUCCAGGAGCCGGAGGGCAGAUCAGCCAAGCGCGCCAGGGUUGAUGAUGACAGUGAUUGA